AUGGGUGUGGCACUACAAGAAUUCCUUAAUAUCAACGGCAUUGUCCGUGGUUUGAAAAGUUUCAACUUCAGUCUCUACGGCCAAUGGUUCGGCUACAUCAACAUCCUUCUGUGUGUGGCCCUGGGGAUCGCAAACCUGUUCCAUGUCAACCCGGUCAUCGCAUUCGGGAUCGUCUCCAUAAUACAAAGUUUCAUCAUUCUCUUUGUAGAAGUCCCCUUUCUGUUGAAAAUAUGUCCUCUGAGUGAUAAUUUCAUCGCCUUCAUCAAACAUUUCCAAACAAAUGGCUUCAGAUGCAUCUUCUACAUAGCAAUGGCCACCGUCCAAUGGUGUUCCAUCAUUUUGAAAGCCACCAGUUUGAUUGUCGUCGCCAUCGGCCUCACAAUCUCUGCUAUCAGUUACGCAGUGGCGUAUUUCAAAAACCAAGAAUUCCAAAACGUUUCCAUCAUUAAAAACCCCACAGAUGACGAUUUCCCCCGAGAAGCAGUGGUAAGAGAAAUGUUAUAG